AUGAAUCAUCUCAAAACUUCCGGAUGCGCUCCAAACAUUUUACAAUUUAAAAACAAGAUUGCACCAGGUCAGACUCUCCUAGUCAGCUGCUGGAACAACAGAGGCGAAAUGAAAGGUGUCGAGACACCUGUGGAAUUCAAUACAAUAUACAACUUUCCGGUUGAGGAGAAAGGAAAAGGGAGAGUAGUAUGGAAAUGUGAAUUAAAGAAUCGGAAGGGUACAAAGUUUGUUGUAUUACGGAGGGCAUAUAGAGGAGCUGCCAGAGCUCGAUGUGGUCAGAUACGAGAAUACAUUGCUGGACCUGAUGUUGUUUCCUUGGUGAAAAAUACGAAGCCGACCGAUCAAUUUUUUCAUUGGUGA